GGAAGAAUCCCAAGCAGGCUCCACACUAACAGCAUGGAGUUUGAUGAGGGGCUCAAACUCAUGAACUGUGAGAUUAUGACCUGAGCCAAAACCAAGAGUUGGAUGCUUAACUGACUGAAUCACCCAGGUACCCCUGUGUUUUGCUUCUUAUAUGAAGAAUUUUAUUUCUCAUUGUUUAAGAAUGUCUACAGUAUACCAAGUUUUUACUAAACAAAUCAUCGCCACCUUAUGGUAUCAAGGUACAGAUAUCAGCCACGUGGAACUUCCAUCAUAGAUACCAAUAGGAUAUAAUCCAAUCAUCUAACCAACAGCCAGAAUUUUUUUUUUUUUUCUUUUUAAUACUGGGCCUUUGCCUUUUUCCAGGAGUGUUCUUUUUCUUUUCCAGAUACUUAUCUGACAAUACCACUUGGAUGUCUGAUAGUAUCUCAGACUUACAAAGCCUCACCACCUCACCAUCUACAGCUGUACCUAUUUCUCCUAUGGUGUUCUCCACUUCAGAAUAUUCCAUUUUUCUUGGUUCUCUGUGCAAACUGUGGAUCAUCUUUAAUAUACUUUUUCCCAUACCACAUCCAACCCAUAAGCAAAGCGCUUUGGUUUCCCUUCCCAAAUUUAUUUAGGAUCUGAUUUCAUCUUAAUGCUUUUGCCUUUACCACCCUUGAUAACCUCUCCUCAGCUAUUGAAAUGAUCUAAUUUGUCUCCUGGUGUUAUUCUUGCUGCUAUAUAGUCUACUCUCCACAGAGAAAUGAAGAUUUUCCUUUUAAAACUAAAGUCAUAUCCUGUCAUUCCUCUUGUACUUCUCAGACUUGGACUUGAUCUUCUACGACCCCACACCUUCGUACUUUGUAUUCAAGCCACAACAGCUUUUUAAUGUACAACGCAUGUGCAUCUUCAUUGUUCUAGCUGAAUACAAGUUCCUUGUUAAGUCAAAUGUAGCUCAGUCCUUUUUUACUAAAUUUGAAAUGAAACCUAACUUGGUGAAUGGUCAUGAUGCCAAACAUAACUCCACUUCAGAAAUUUUGCCCUUGUUAUCCUAAUGAGAAUUGUUUAUCCCCAGGGCCAGGCCCUCCACUUUAUUUCUGGUACCUGUUCAAAUAUCAUCAGGGAGGCCCUACCUGAACAGCUUUAUCCAUUACUUUCUAUCCCACUCACUGUACUUUAUUCUUCAUAGCACAUAUUUUUAUUACUGAUGGCAAGGCAUGGUGAAGAUUUAAGGUUGUGAAUGCUAGAACCAGACUGUCUAGAAUUCAAUAUUGUCUCACCCUCUUGUUUCGUGAAACUUUCUGUGUCUGGGUUCCUUACCUAUAAAAUGGAAAUAAUAAUGCCUACCUCUUAAAUGGUUGUGAGUUAACAUAAAACUCUUGGAACAAUAGCCGGCAUUAGUAGGCAUUCAGUAAGUGUUAGUUAUAAUAUACAUUAUUACCAUAUUGGAUGUAUUUCUUUGUUUCAUGUCCGUCUUCUCUCUUUAGAAUAUAGGCUCCUUGUGUGCUUUGUUUACUGCUGUGUUCUUAGUACUUAGAAAAAUUUCUGGCACAUGAUAGAUGCUUAAGGGAUUGUUAAAUAGUUAAUUGACUAGAUAAUAAAGUCAUAAUAAAUGAAGGGUAUGAGGGAUAUAUAGAAUGGUUGUCUACUUGAGUACAUACAUGCUGCAUGACCUAUGCAUAUGUCAGUUGUUGUUAAAUGCAGUAGAGUUCAGAUAUAGGAGAAAUAAGUGUGAGUUGGUAGAUAGGCAACUUUUAAGAAGAAAAUAGACCUUAAAAUAGCUUUAAGUGGAGAUGAACUUUGAUAUGUGUGUUGGUAAGUGAAGGAUGAAGAAAAUUUUCAAAAUGGAGAAACAGUGGUCAUAUGUAAGUCCACUCCAAAAUCAGCCAGUCAGCAAGUCAGAGUGUAGGAGAGUGAUUGAGAUUAAGACCAGAUUUGGAGGGACUGGGACUGGGGUUAAGGUGGUCAAAAUUUAUUAACUGAGCCUUUUUUCCUGCCUCAACACUCAAGAGAGGUACAAUAGUUUUCUGUUUGUAAAAGUAGCUCAAUAAGCAUCAAGACUCAUUAAGAGAGGUGUAUGUGGUUUACAAAUUCCCUAGGCUGUUAUUUCCCUUUAGCAGGAAAAUAAAUUUUAAAAGGGGUUUGUUUUUACAUGAAUAUAGCAAUGAGUAAUUAAUGUCAGAGUAUGAAGAAACUAGUAUAUAUGCUGGUUAGAGGUAUAUGGCCUCAAAAAAUUUAGACAUUUGGUUAAACAGAGGUGUAGAAUUAGGUAUAUUCAUGUUUAAUUAGGGUUUUUCUGUUCAUUCAAAAUCUUUCCAAGUAUGUUUCCUAGAUCUCCAGUAUCACAAUCUUUUGGGAAGCUUAUUGGAAAUGCAGAUUCCUAGGUUCCACUACAGACUGACCAUACUCGAGUUUCUAAGGUACAGCUCAAGCAUCUACAUUUUUAAAAUAAUUUUUAUUCAUGUUUAUUUAUAUUGAGAGAGAAGAGAGAGCGCGAGAGUGCACAAGCUUGUGGAGGGGAGGAGAGCGGCAAAGAAAGAGGGAGAGAGAGAAUCCCAAGCAGUCUCUGCACUGUCAGUGUAGAGCCAGAUGCGGGCUUGAUCCCAUGAACCGUGAGAUCAUGAUCUGAGCUGAAAUCAAGAGUUGGAAGCUUAACCAACUGAGCCACCCAGCCACCCCUCAAACAUCUACAUUUUAAGAAACUCCCUCAUGUCUUCCAGCAUGUGCUUUGCUUACCAACAUUCAAGAAUAAAUGCCUUUAACUUGCUUAGAUGGGGCAGGUAAAGUGGAUGGCCCUACACAAAGGAGAAGAUAAUUAAAAGAUGAGAGGAUAUUCAACAAUUUCACUAGGUCAGAAAUUUGAAAAGCAUAUAAAUUAUUUUAGUUUAUUUUUUACUUCAUUUAUGGUAAAAUGCACCCGUCUAAGUAAAUGUUAAAAAUCUUAAUUAGAAUCAACAUGCCUCUAAAUUAGCUUUCAACAUUUUGUCUAAACAUUACCUGUUUAUCUUUCUCUUACUUUAGUGUAUCUUCUGACCAUUUUAAAUGCCACUUUUAUACUGACCCAUUUUAUAUUUAUCUUCUAAUUAUAAAUGUAAUUAUGCUCAUUUGACAGUAUAGAAUGUUAAAAAAAUGUACUGACUUCCAAUCUGUGCUUUUGGUUGCUUUGUUUUACAAAAUCAGGACCACAAACGGCAUACUCUUGUGCAACUUGUUUCUUUGUUUGUUUUAACCCUUUUAAAAGUAUUUUCUCAUGGGAUGCCUGGGUGGCUCAGUUGGUUAUGUGUUGACUUCAGCUCAGGUCAUGAUCUCACAGUUCAGUUUGUGGGUUUGAACCCCACAUCAGGCUUUCUGCUGUCAGUGUGGAGCCUACUUCAGAUCUUCUGUCCCCCUCUUUCUCAGUCUUUCCCCACUCAUGCUCUCUCUUUCUAAAAAAUAAAUAAUAAUAAAUAUUUUAAAAUAUAAGUAUUUUCUUGUGUUAUAGUAUAUAUUUCCCUAACACUCCUACUGGCCAAUAUCCUAUUUUGCAAACCAUUCUCUUCCAGCCUUCCUUGGCUUGCUGUCCAACAACAACACCACCCUCAAAUAACUUUCAUUUUUUCCUGCCCUUAAGUUGUGGUGUCUCCUCAGUUCUCUUUCUGAAUGGGAUCCACGCACAGUCACUCAUUCUCAUUCAUUCAAGGCUGCCAUCUCUAUGUGCACCUGGCCGACAGUACUUUCUGAGACAGGACAAUAGUGGUCCCACACCAGGACCCUGCUCUAGCUUCCUCUAGCCACACUCCUCACCAUGGAGUCAACAAAACUGAAAGAGACAGCAAGGCAAGAUACAGCAAACUUUCUUCCAGAUUCAGACAGUUUAUUACUUACAUAACAAAAGCAAGAUGAACCGAGGUGUCAGCUCCCCAUAUGCCUUCCCCCAGGACAACACUAAAACCAAAGGGCCUGGGUGAUAGGAUGAAGCCACGUAAGUGUUAGGGCACCUUGUUGCUGAGACGCUCCUUCCAUGCUGAAGCCAAGCAGUUUAUAGUCUGCAGCUGUGGCCCUAAGUGUAGGGGUUGUGGGGAGAGAAAGCUUUAUAACUCAGCAGAACCCAGAACAUGAUAAGAAAUCAUCUCAUGGCAGCAUCCCUGGUAGAUAGAGAGAUGGAAAGGAGAUGACCUGGUAGUAUCUCCUCAGAAGCCACCUAUACACUUAUGUUUUCCCAAGAAUCACAGGGCAUUUUACCAAGACUUCUAUCAGCCAGGGUUAAGGCUUGCCUGCGUGGCCCGUGUAAAGAUGUGCAAGGUUACCAGGGCACCAUGGCCAAGUGAUUCGCCUAAAAUUGGGCCCAUGCAGUUCUCACACCCCAAGACCAAGCUCUAUGGGAACCUGAGCCUGGAAUUCCUUGCCCAAGUUACCUCAUGCCUGCUUCUGCAUCCCAUUGGAGCAUCUAUCCUAGGUUGGCCCUUCCAAGGUAGACGGUAUGCUGGUAUGCAUGCCCUAGCCCUAAGGGGUGACCAAGCAGUGGUGUUUGUGUGGGUCAACAAAGAGCUUGGUUAAGCAAGCCAGGGUCUCCAUAUGAAGGCCUGCAAAGCCUUUGGGGUGAUGGACAGAGCUACCAAAUCAGAAUCAUUGUUCAAGUGAAUGAAGCUUUGGCUGCCUGGGAGGAACAACCUAAGGAAGACAGGGAGAAUGAAAAGUCAAAGGAAAGCCUUUCUUGGCUUCCCCUGUUAAACCUGAACCACUGAUAAACAGAAAAUGUAGAUUCUUCUUAAGGAAAAGGCUGUUCUCAGAUGAGGAGAAAGCAGUCAAGAGGUUUUCGUUGUCAUGAUUUUUGUUCACAGCAAAAGCCAAUAAAUAUUAGGAUAGCAUCUCUAAACAGAAACAUGAUGUGAAAUACUUAGUUUUUUUUUUUUAAGGAUUUAAUGAGGAGGAUACUAAAUAAAAUUUGCAUAUUUAUAUUCUUGGAAAACUUAUUCUAAAACAGUACUUUAAAGAAUAAAAAUAUUAAUAAUGUUUACAUGAAAUUAUUUUAAUUGCCUCUAUAUUGAGAAAAUAAAAUAAGGAAAAGUAAGUUCACUGACAGUUUAGGUAAGACCUGCCUAAGGCAUAAGUUUAUUGUUUGAACCAUAUUAUUAUGUCCAGUAUACCAUCUAUCUAGCCAUACCUGACACAGUAUUCACACAUUCCUUUUUAGAUAUUUGAUGAGGUAAAACCCCCUGUGUAUAUUCAAAGCUAAACAUUCAUGAAGAUGUCAUAAAAAAUUCACAUUUAGACUGGCCACCAGAUUGUCUUUGUGAUUGCUGCAAACUCAACAUUUACACAUCUGUCACUGUUUUUUGUUUUGUUUUGUUUUUUAUUUCUAAUAAGUUUUGAGGAACGUUUGAUCAGUGGUUCUUAACUAGGUACAUAUCAGAAACACUCAUGGACAGUGUCUCAAACUAAAUGACAAAUGACUGAUAAUAUCAAAAUUUAGGAACUGAAGACUUAAUUUUUUUUUAAGUUUCACAUAUAUGAUAAUCAAAUAAUUUAUUGUGCAAACUUGGACACUGUUUGAAAGUGAAAGUGUGGUAUUUACAAUUGUGUUGAGACCAUAGGUAUAAAUUGGGACUGUCCAAAUCAGAACAUAUGGCGAUUCUAUCCAUGGGUGAUUGCAAUAUGCUACCUAGUCAAAACAAACAACUUUCUAGUAGUUGAAUUAAUCGCAUGGUGAGAUCACAUGCAAUUAUGGGUGAGGAACAGUCUUUUUACUUGGCUAAGGAAAACCCUGGUCAUUGGUUUUAAAGAAAGAAAAAAAAUUGGUUUUUUACCCAGAUGUCUUUUAGUAUAUUAUUUAUAAUUAUUUGAGGGAAUUUGUAGGGCUCUUAGGCUUUUCAUUUUAAAGGUGGCAUAUUUUUCAUGGAGACUUUUAUAUUUGAAUGUCAUGAAUCGUAAAAAAACAGGUAACAUGCUGUUCUGUUUUGUAUUCUUUGUGCUGGAGUAUUUUGACCAUUUACUCUUAUUUUGCUAGUUUUUAACUUAUGGGAGAGUUAAAGCAGAAGAGAGUUCAUGGCAUUCUAACUACUGACAGUUCUAUUUGUGAAGUGUUUACCAAGUACUUAGCAUUUAUUGUAGAGCAGGAAAGCCGUAUUCCAUCUUCCAGUACCACUUUCAUUUAAAUAAACUGUCUUUGGUAUAUAUACAUACCUUCUUGUUCUUUCAUUUAUUCAUACAUUCUUUAACAACUUUUUUAAAGUUUAUUUAUUUUUGAGAGAGAGAGCACAAGAAGGGGAGGGACAGAAAAAGAGGGAGACAGAGAAUUUGAAGCAGGCUCCAGGCUCUGAGCUGUCAGCUCACAGCCCUGUGUGGGGCUGGAACCCUCAAACCUCAAGAUCAUUACCUGAGCCGAAAUCAGACACCUAAUCCACUAAGCCACCCAGGUGCCCCUAUUUAUGCAUUAUUUAAUUCCUUUAGUUUAGAGUUGAAUAAAUUUGUGCAACAUUAUACCUAACACUCUAUUGACAAUACAGACUUCUUAAUUUUGCUUUACAAAGGUUAUGUAGCUCUUACAUUUAUAAAAAGUUGCCCACAUUUGAGUGUCUGCAUGUGCAUAUGCUCCUGCAUGCACGCACAUACGCAGGACACAGUCCUAGCCUCCAUCUCUCUCAUGAGCUCUAAACCUAUGCCGAUUUGCCUGUUUAACAUUUCUAUUUGUACGUUUCAGAGACUCCUAAGUUAACAUAACAUACAAGUCUGAAUUUGUAAUCAUUUGUUUCCAAACUUCUCUUUCCCCAUUGUACCAUUUUUGAAUCAACUGCCCUAUUGUCCGUCCAAAUACCAAACCUCAGAAAUCUUUUAAUUAGUAGAAUAAUGUAAUUGUUGUUUCUCUUUCAACUUAUCUGGGAUAUUCAUGAGAACAAGACCAUGUUUUGUGGGGUUUUUUGUUUGUUUGUUUUUUUCCUUAUAUUUCCAUCAUUUAGCAGAGGACUUACUAUAAAAUGCACACUCAAUAUUUUGGGGGGGGAAAGCUAGGGGUACCUGGGUGGCUCAAUCAGUUAAGCAUCUGACUUCGGCUCAGGUCAUGAUCUCACGAUUCAUGGGUUCAAGCCCCGUGUCGGACUCUGUGCUGACAGCUUAGAGUCUGGAGCCUGCUUCAGAUUUCCGUGUCUCCCUGUCUCUCUGCCCCUCCCCCAUGCACACUCUGUCUCUCUUAAAAAUAAACAAACAUAAAAAAAAAAGCUAGACAUGUAAUUUCAUCUAUCCUAAAAUACUUCUUUUUUUUUCAUCCUAAAAUAUUUUUAACAUUAUGGCAGCAUACUUAUGAGCACAGAUUCCUCAGAGUGUCAGCAUGAUGUAGAGACAAAUGCUAGAAUCAGAAGACCUGCCUUUCUCUUUCAGUCUACCAUAGUGUAUUAUUUCAGGGAUCAAUUGAGAUAAUAAACUUGGAACUGUUUUGUUAAUGGUGAAGUUAUAUAGAAAAAAUGAAGCUGCUUCUUUAUAAAGUCCUUUAUCAUACUUUUAUAGGCAAGUCCACAAUAUAAUAUUCAGUCUCUGUGAAGGGUGUUCAUUCUUCUGUUUUUUCCCCGAUAUGCAAUAUUAAUUCUGCACUAAGAUAUGCAGAAUCCCAUAUUAAAGAACAUGUAUCAACGCAGGACCCAGGAAAUGUUGAUGCCUGGGCAUACACCAAGUAACUGUAGAUACAGUGUCUGCAUGCCUCUGCAUAUUUACAAUACAUUUUUAUUCAUUCUUUCUUUCCUGCCUUAAUUUUUCUGUCAGCCUGAAAAGUUGCUUUUUAUUCAUGCCAUGGCCUUAUUUUCUGUGACUGCCUCUUGGCAUACAUUAUUAUCGAUAGUUUGCAUAUCGUGGGUAUAGCACUUUUCAGUCUGAAAAUCCACUUUUCAUGCUGAUGCUAUGUUUUCUAGGUCUGGUGUCUGUAAUACAUUAUUGUUAACAACAUUUUGGAGUCUACUCUUUUUAAUUUGGCGCUUCUUAUCCUCAACAUUUUUCAAGAUGUAUCUAUCCAGUGUAGUUAACACUAUUGGUGUCUCUAAGAUGUUGAUGUAUAAGGAAAUGUACAUUCUCUAUCUGGAGGUUGAGGAAACCAGGUUCGAUGUUUGCUGUUUUUAGGAAUGUAUGUUUGCAAAAUGACUUAAAAUUUUCUUUAGAGGAGCUUUUCCUUCUUCUGUAAACAUUCUCUAAAGAGUCAACUAUACAAAGCUUUGAGGUCUUUAAGAUUAUCAGAAGUCAAUAUCAGGGCCAGAGUUGUAAUUCAUUUUCUUUGUGAGUCCUACUAUCCUAUUGUCAAAGAUGACACUCAGGCAAGCAUCCCUUUUUUUUUUUAAGUUUGUUUGUUUGUUUGUUUAGAGACAGAGUGGGUGCACGGAAGGAGCAGAGAGGUAGGGAGAGAAUCCCAAAUAGGCUCUGCAAACCCUGUGUGGGGCUUGAUCUCACAAAUCAUGACAUCAUGACCUGAGCUAAAGUCAAGAGUUGGAUGCUUAACCCAGGAGCCCCACAAGCAUAUUUUUUAAAUACAUGAGAUAAGUAUGCUUAGAAAUGUGGUUUCCAUGCAUUUCCUUAACAUAUUUACCCAAUGACAUUGUAGCUUUGGUUAGAUGUUCCCUUCAUUUCUUCCCAGUUUUAUGUACACAUGUAGUACAUAUGAAAUAGUGGUAUGGAAAGCAUUAUAUUUUUACAGUUUCUCCAAAGAGAGUUUUGUUUUUCUAUCUAUUUUAGGCUCAGUAUUAGAUCUUGAACAGGAAUCAAAUGUUAGAGAUGAUAAGAAUGAGUAGAAAGUAAUCUCUCGGUCGUUCCUCUCCAGACCAUCCUCCUGUUUUGAUGUUUGUGUUGCACCUGUGGUCACUUCAUCUUUGUUAGAAUAUUCAGACCAUAAACACACUUCUUAUCUAUACCAUGUUUUUGCAAGGAGACACUCUGACUGUUAUCUCCGUGGUGAGUCCUUAAUCACGAGAGUUUUGAGCUGCCACAAAAAACUCUGUUUAAUGGAUGUCCAUAUAAUCUGACGCCUAGAAAACAGUUGCAUGUGUUCAUCACUUGUAACUUUUAGAACAUAAAAUCUAAUCUUCUUUGAGCAUUUAUGAAAGGAUGAAAUUCUAGUUUCAAUUGUUGACAGUGUUCCAAGUAACAAAUAGAUUGUUGGCAGUUUAAAAGGAAUGUAUCUACUGCAAGAUAGCUUUAGAUAUUUUUGGUUUCUAAGAAUGUGUUGAUGUAAAAUUAGAAGGUAUUAUGCCUGUAUCAUUUUAGAUAAUUUUUUAUAGGUGCAAUUGGUUUUGUGAGUUCAACUCUUGAAAACUUGUAAAGAGACUUUACAAUACGAUGCGUAUAAUUGCUGUUUUUUGUAGGACCAUGUAGGUUGAUUGGAUCCAUGAAAGAAUGUUGAUAGAGAAUCCUAAAUGUAUCAAAGUCUAACAGAUUUUAAUUUCUUUCUAGCAUCUUUUGAUUCUCGGUCUUACUUGUUACUGCUUCUUACAGACCAAAUUCUGCUCUUUGUUAAAGUUUAUUUUUAUUUUGGUGGAGUUUUUCCUUGAGGGAUUCUACUCACAUAAAAUCAGGGGGUAAACUUUCAAAAUUUGUUGUUGUUGUUGUUGUUGUUGUUGUUGUUGUUAAUGUUUAAAGAUUUGAUUUUCCCUUCAUAAUAGGAUGAUGUUUUAAAUAUUUUUAGAUUUCUCAGUUUAUAUUUUAUUUCAUCCAACUCUAACCCUGAUGACAUUAUCUUCCAACAUAAAUCUUUUCUAAGACCUCUAAUAAUUGGGUUUUGUUCCUUUGUAGAAAAAAAUUUUUUUUCCAUGAAAGCCUUUAGAAUUUUCUCUGCACUUCUGAAAUUUUCCAGGCACAUGAGUCUUAUGUUCAUACUGCAAAGCACUUCCCAUGUAUAUUGCCAUCUGAAGAUAUGCAUGCCCUUUUCAGUAAAAAGAUGGCUUAUCAGAAGGUCAAUGCAGAUCAAAGAGCUCCAGGACAUUCACAGUAUUUAGACAAUGAUGACCUUCAAGCCACUGCCCUUGACUUAGAGUGGGACAUGGAAAAGGAGCUGGAGGAGCCUGGUUUUGACCAGUUCCAGCUAGAUAGUGCUGAGAAUCAGAACCUGGAGAAUCCAGAGACUGCAGACCUCAAUCUUGAUUCCAUUCAACCAGCAACUUCACCCAAAGGAAGGUUUCAGAGACUUCAAGAAGAGUCUGACUAUGUAACCCGUUAUACAAGAUCUGCACCAAAGAGCAACCCCUGCAAUUUUUGCCGCCUUUUAAAAAUACUUUGCACAGCCACCAUUUUAUUUAUUUUGGGGAUUUUGAUAGGCUAUUAUGCACAUAAAAAUUGCCCUUCAAAUGCUACAACUUCAGGAACGCUUGAUCUUCACUUAUACCAAGAGAUUCUCAAGACAAUCCAAGCAGAAGAUAUUAAGAAGUCUUUCAGAAAUUUGGUACAACUGUAUAAAAGUGAAGAUGACACAGAAAUUUCAAAGAAGAUUAAGAGUCACUGGACUUCCCUGGGCCUAGAAGAUGUACAGUUUGUAAAUUACUCCGUGUUGCUUAAUCUGCCAGGCCCUUCUGCCAGCUCUGUGUCUCUGAGCAGCAGUGGCCAAUGCUUUCAUCCUAAUGGCCAGCCUUGCAGCGAAGAAGCCAGAAAACACAGCAGCCAAGAUCUGCUUUACUCAUAUGCAGCCUAUUCUGCCAAAGGAACUCUCGAGGCUGAAGUCAUUGAUGUGAGUUAUGGAAAUGCAGAUGACUUAAAAAGGAUACAAAAAAUGAAAAAUACAACGAAUAAGAUUGCACUCCUGAAAUUAGGAAAAUUGCCGUUACUUUAUAAGCUUUCUUUAUUGGAAAAGGCUGGAUUUGGUGGUGUUCUUCUAUAUAUUGAUCCUUGUGAUUUACCAAAGACUGCAAAUCUUAGCUAUGAUACCUUCAUGGUGUCACUGAACCCAGGAGGAGACCCUUCUACGCCUGGUUAUCCAAGUGUGGAUGGAAGCUUUAGGCAAAACCGAUCAAACCUCACAUCCCUGCUGGUGCAGCCCAUUUCAGCAUCUCUUGUUGCAAAACUGAUCUCUUCACCAAACAGCAGAACCAAAAACAGUGUCUGUAGCCCUCUAGAACUGCCAAACAAUGAUCAGAGAAUUGUCAGCAUGCAAAUUCAGACAGUUACCAAAUUCAAAACAGUUACUAAUGUUGUUGGAUAUUUAAAGGGCUUGACAUCUCCAGAUCGGUAUAUCAUAGUUGGCAGCCACCAUCACACUGCAUACAGUUAUUAUGGACAAGAAUGGGCCAGCAGCACUGCCAUAAUCACAGCUUUUAUCCGGGCCUUGAUGUUAAGAGUUAAGAGAGGGUGGAGACCAGACCGCACAAUUGUUUUCUGUUCAUGGGGAGGAACAGCUUUUGGCAAUAUUGGCUCAUAUGAAUGGGGAGAGGAUUUCAGGAAGGUUCUGCAGAGAAAUGUUGUGGCUUACAUUAGUCUCCAUAGUCCCAUAAGGGGUAACUCAAGUCUAUAUUCUGUAGCUUCACCAUCUCUUCAGCAACUGGUGGUAGAGAAAAAUAAUUUCAACUGCUCCAGAAGAGCUAAGUGUCAAGAAACCAAUGUCAGUUCUGUACAGAUAGAAGGUGAUGCUGAUUAUUUCAUCAACCAUCUUGGAAUUCCCACCGUGCAGUUUGCCUAUGAGGACAUCACAGCAUUAGAGGGUCCAAGUUUUCUCUCUGAGGCCCUUUUCCUUAAACGUGCAACAAAAAUUGAAGAAAUGGAUCCUUUUUUCCACCUUCAUGAAACCAUUACCAAGCUCUCGGGAGAAGUGAUUUUGCAAAUUGCCAAUGAACCAGUUCUGCCCUUUAAUGCUCUUGAUAUAGCUAUAGAAGUUCAAAACAGUCUUAAAGGUGAUCAACCCUACACUCAUCAACUGCUAGCCUUGGCCUCACGCCUGCGGGAGAGUGCUGAACUCUUCCAGUCAGAUGAGAUGCGUCCUGCUAAUGAUCCCAAGGAGAGAAUUCCAGUCCGUGUCCGAAUGCUGAAUGACAUACUCCAAGACAUGGAGAAAAGCUUCCUGGUAGAGCAAGUGCCACCAGGUUUUUAUAGAAAUAUCCUGUACCACCUUGAUGGAAAGACAAGCCAGUUUUCAAUACUCCUGGAGGCUUGGGAGCACUGCAAGUUACUUGCAUCAAAUGAGACCAUUCAGGAAGCCCUGUCAGAGGUGUUGAACAGCAUUAAUUCAGCUCAGGUUUACUUUAAAGCAGGACUUGAUGUGUUCGACAGUGUCUUCGUUGGAAAGAACUGAGAAGACUCUCAGCAUUUUAAGAAGUUUGUUUACAAUUCCUCAAGCAAAAGCUCUAACCUAACCAGAUUUUCUGACAUUGAAGACUUUCCCCCCAAUGACUUUUUUACAAUUCCAAAGCUAUUAUUACGUUGUAUUUUUAAAUGUACAUAUAAAAGAGCAUUUUGCACAUUUAAUAUUUUCUUAUAUCUACAUCUCUGAAUAUGUAAAAGCAAGUUAUUGAAAUAAUACCUAAGGUUUAUCUAUUAAAAAGAAAUCUGCUGUAUUUUUAUAUAUAUGAAAUAUUUGGGGAGCAAAGUUCCAAGAAGUUCUGGACAAUCUUCAAUUCUAGGGAUAAACCAUGUAGGAACAGAAGUUAUUCCCUAUGUUACAGCUAUUAAUGACCUAGUUUCUGUAAUAGAAAUGGAAAGUUGAUAUGGUUUCAGAUUAACUUCCCUAAUAAGUAUUCAAUACGAAGAAUUCAAGUAUUCCGACUGAAUGAUUGGUCGACCAAAACCACUUUGAAUGUUUCUAUUUUAUGAAAUGAAGUGCCUGUUCAUAAUACAACUAGAUGUAGUAAUACACUGGUUAUGAAAUUGUAUUUUUUUAAGUAUUAAUGAAAAAAAGAGCCAUAAACAUUCCAGGGGAAAAUCUCAAAGUAGCUGCACAGAGCAAUUUAAAUGCAAAUUUUUUCCUAACAACUUAUAAGGUGACUAGCUUUGAAACCCCUAAUUUGCCUCAGUUGAUUUUGUAAAAAUUACAGGAGUGAUAUAUGUCUUAUGAGGGAGAAAAUAUUUCUUAUUUCUUCUUCUGUUCGUUCUGUAGGAAGCACUGAAACCUAGCUACUCUGAAAUGAAAGCAUUUUGCAUUGUUCUUCCUACCUGUAUCUCUUCUGAAACUCCUUCCUGGAAGGCAGUUUUAACAGAAUACCAUGUAAUUUCCACAGGAAAGUAGCGAAGUUUUCUUUGAAAACCCAAACUAUCUUAAAAAGCACCAAACUGCUGUUUCUGCCACUGACACAAAGGACUCACAAUGAAAGAAAUAGCUGUUUGAUCAAUGAAAAACUUCUUAAUUCUGUGAAGAAACUUUUGAUAUUUUUCCUUCUUUAUCCUUCAUUGUGACUAAGAUGCAAAAGUAGAAAAUAUUCAUACUUCUAAUUUUAUGCAGAAAAUACAGUGUUACUACAAGAGUGUGUCUUUCCCACACUUCGAUUCUUCUCUCAUGUGGAAAAUGAAGUUUUUCAUGUUGACACUGUCAUGGAAUGGCCCUAGCAUCCACUAUUCCCCAAAAGCCUACAAUUCUUUCUAUUGGAUGACAGUUUAAACUGUGAGCUUCUCUUUAGAAAUGUUCUUCUGGUAUUGAAUAAAGCGAUGCCUCCUAGGAAGCAUGUCCUCAGCAUAUUUUAUGUGAACUGUCUGUACCUAACACUGCACUCAAACACACUUCCCAUUUAGAUACAAGACAGAACAAGAUUCCAGACAAUGCUUGUAUGUCUAAACGACAGACAUUUAGAUACAUUCCAGACAAUGCUUGUAUGUCUAAGUCUCCGAUGUUUAUGGAUAAGCAUAAACCUACUCUUCAUUUCAAAGAAAGCGACAGUUGAGGGGAAAGAAUUAAUCAGUAUCGAUUAAUUGAUUUAUAGGGGUCAGCUGUUGCCAUCAUAAGUAAUGUGCAUAAGCUCAAGGCAAAGAAGAGAAUUGAUGUAAUUAGCUAGAUAAUUCAAGCAGAAAUCCAUUUUCAUAUGAAUUGCCUGUGUGAGCAUAUUUUUAAAUGACAAAUGAAACUACCUUACAAUGUUUUUUUUUUUUUUUAAACCAAUGUACUUGCUUGAAAAUAUUUCUCAUGUUGAAGAGUAUCUACAGGGAAAGGUUCCAAGGAGCAGUCACCCGUGAGCCUCAGCAUCAGCUCCCUCUCUUGCUCCACAGAAAUUAGCAGCAGAACAGAGGUGAGAAGACACAGACAGACAUGUUUUGGGCCCAAAAAGAGAGUGUUGAUACCAAAGGGUCUCCAACAUUUUAACCAGACUUCGGUGUAUUCAUUCCAGUUCUUCAUUUGGAGUUGAAGUUACUUUAAAACAACAUUUUGGAGUUGGCGCUGAGUUUAAAACAAACAAAAACAAAUAAUUAUUACUUUUGUAGUUUAUCAUUUAAUUUCUCAAUGUUUAUUCAUUUUUUGAGUUAGAGAGACAUGGCAUCAGUGAGAGAGGGGCAGAGAGAGAGGGAGACACAGAAUCCGAAACAGACUCCAGGCUCUGAGCUGUCAGCACAGAGCCCGACGCGGGGCUCAACUCACAGACCGCGAGAUCAUGACCUAGCCGAAGUCUGACUCUCAACCGACUGAGCCACCCAGGUGCCCCCAUGGUUUAUCAUUUUAAAACUCAAUCUUAAAUAAACUCACCCCCUUAGUCUGUAAGACUGUUGAGAGCACAAAGUAUAUGUUUGUAUAUUUUGGUUUAAAGAUUGAUUGUGUACCUAGGUAAACCACAUUGCAUAGAUACAAAUCUCAAUAUUAGUAUUGCCCUUCUAAAUUAUGUGGUAUUUGCUAUUUGAAAAAAAAACCUAAACGUAACUAUGUAUUAAUGUGUUUUUAUUAGUCUAUUUAAGAGAUGACGUGAAGAAAGUAUUAUAAUUAAAACAGAUGUCCACUAAUUCUAUAGAUGCUGCUUUAGAUCUUUGCAACAAACCUCUGACCUAGACAUCAUUGCUAAAUUUAUUAUAUCAUUUUUAUUUCUUUCUCUAACAAAUCCAAGUAAAUAAAAUCCUAUGCAAGUUAAUAACAA